GCCGCUUCACGAAAUACAAAUUAAUAAUCAAGGACGAAAUAAAUCACGUGAUGCACUUCAUCUUAUCUUAAUUUACUUAACAUUCUGUGCAGUCACUGUUGAAUGGGUUUAGUUGAUUACCAGUAUACGAAGCGUAUCUUCAUUUCAAUUCAAGAUGGCCCCUGCUUACAAAGUAACCUACUUUAAUAUAACCGCCCUUGGUGAACCCAUUAGGUUCCUAUUGAGCUAUGGGAAGAUAGAAUUUGAAGAUUGUAGAGUGGAAAUCGAACAAUGGCCCCAACUCAAACCUAGUAUGCCUUUCGGACAACUUCCAGUUCUUGAGCACAAUGGAAAAAAAAUACCCCAAAGUUUAGCCAUCUGCAGAUAUCUUGCCAAGCAGGUGAAACUGGCCGGAAACGACGACUGGGAAAAUUUGGAAAUUGAUUCAAUUGCCGAGGCAGUCAAUGAUUUACGUCAGAAUAUUGGCAAGUACCAUUACGAGUCUGAUGAAAAAGUGAAAGAACGGGAACGAGCAAUUCUAUUCAAUGAAAAAUUACCGUUCUUCUUGGAAAAAUUGGAGGAUGUGGCAAAGCAAAAUAAUGGACAUUUGGCUUUGGGACGUCUAACAUGGGCAGAUUUGUACUUUGUGUCUUUGCUUGAUUACAUGAAUUUUAUGCUGAAGAAGGAUCUCAUUGAAAAUCGCCCAAACCUGAUUUCAGUGAAGAACAACGUCACGAAUGUGCCUUCUAUCAAGGAAUGGCUUGAAAAACGUCCGAAAACCAACUUAUAAUAAGUUAUUUCCCGAAAAAUUCGAAAUUUAAGAUUUAAUUCUUAUGAAUGAAAUAUAUGGUUAUUACAUAUGUGGAAGUAUGAUAAACAUGAGGAGAUA